UAUUCCAUGCUGAUAAAAAGAAGAAAGAGAACACAACGUUUCGGCCGUGGAGCCUUCUUCAGGUGUCAACCUGUGCUUAUAGAGGUUUUCAAAAGCACUUUUGUACUGCUGGCAUAUUUUUGAAGGGGUCGCGUAGUGGCCGUGUUCUGCGCAGUGCGGGGCCCAUCAACAUUAAUCACUACGCCAAUAAGAAGAGCGCGGCAGAGAGCAUGCUGGAUGUGGCUCUCCUGAUGGCCAACGCCUCCCAGCUGAAAGCCGUGAUCGAGCAGGGCAGCUCCUUCGAAUUCUACAUCCCCCUCAUCAUCCUCAUCAGCAUAUCCCUCACGCUGCAGGUCAUUGUGGGGGUGCUCCUCAUUUUCAUAGUUCGGUACAACCUGAACGAUGAAAACAAGCAAGUCAGGCUGAACCAUCUCAAUAACAUUGCCACCGGACUGGUCUUCAUCAUUGUGGUUGUAAACAUCUUCAUCACGGCGUUUGGGGUUCAAAGACCAAACGUUAAAAGCUAAGCAAACCCAGUGGCCAGGUAAUUUCAGAAAGGUGUAGAAGUGGCACUUUUACUGUGUGGAAGUGUUUACCAAGAGCCUUAUUGUGUUUUUGCUCCAGUAACCUAUGGCCCAAGACACAAAGUAAUUUACAGAUCACAGCAUUUCAGUGGAGAUGUCCUUUCUCUGUAUUUCAACUCAGCAUCACCGACUUAGGCAUCAAAUCACCCCAUCGGUUCAGUACCCCGAACAAAGAGUGGGCGUGCUACAAUAUUUAAUAGGUUACUUUUGUAAGAGAGAAGGACACCUAUCACCUGAGAUAACGUCAGAAUGUGUAAUGCUGUUUUAACUGGAUUAGGUUGAAUCGUUCUUAAUCAAUGUACUAGUUUGAAUCAAUGUGUAUAACUGCAUAUUUGAACUUAAGAUUAUUUUUGUGCAUUAAUGUACAGCAAACUCUCAGUUUAACAGACUAACACUGUAUGUGGGAAGAGGUAUUCAUUCUUGGUGAAUGUCUGUUAAAUCAUGAAUUUAGUUUUUUCAGCCUGGUGAUGUCCAACAGCCUUCAGACAGGCACACAGGCAGUGUUCACAGCCCCCCUAAAUUACUGAUUAAAUUGUUACUAAAUAAAUCUCCUGACUUAUUGUUUUACCUAUUGCAAUCAACACAGUCAGUGAAAAUAGUUCCAGUGUAUUUUUUAUUAGAAAUAUUCCAGCUCUUUAUUUCAUGUCAUAAAUUUACUGUAUAAAAUUUGCUAAAAUAUCCAAAACACAUAAACCACCCGUUGUAAGAAAUUCCCCUACUGUAUCUCUAUACCAAUUGCCCUUCCCCUAUAGGGUGCCUUUUUAUAUGUAUGCUUUUUAGACCUAUUUAAAGGUAUGCUGUGCAAAAUAUGCUAUUUAUUGUUUAUUUUUCCAUCUGACUGAGAUUUAUUACAUAUUUGUGUUACUUUCGUGUACAUUACUGUACUGGAAUUGUUUUUGCGUAAUGGAUGGUGUCAUAAAUAGAUAGAUAAUACUUUAUUAAUCCCGUAGGGAAAUGUGAUAUACUAUAAUUUAUAACUAUAUUUAUAAAUUAUAGUAUAUGUUAUAAAUAUAAAGCUACAGCCCAUUUCUACUUUAAUUUCUUCUAUUUUGCUAUUUGCCAUUCAUUUUUAAGAAUAAUCCAAGUCUGUUAUCCAGGCUAGCUAUCACUUCACCAGUCUUUGUCCGUUAUUGUGGGGCAAGUCCAGUAUUUCUGAUUUUACAGACAGAACUCUCCUUUAAACCCAAAGUCCGUUAAAGAAAGGUCUGCGAGACUAAGGGUUUACUGUACUGUGGGUUAGUCUAGAACCUUCUUAAUAUGAGUCUUCUGUGGUCUUUUUUGAAAUCACGAGCAGCUGAACAGCCUGCUGUCUCAAAAGCUGUCCAGAUAUGCAUGUAACCUCUAGUGGCUGAACAUCAUGACUCACAGCUGCAAGGCCUCUUCAACUCCACAGGGAUCAGAAAUAAAACAGUCCUUUGUGCUACAGCUCUCAUUAUAUCUUAAUCAUUAUGCUGUUCUCUCAAUCAGGAUAUUUCAGCAAGAACUAACCUGUCAAGAACUUUCAUACAACUGUUUUAUUUACUUUGCAUAUUUCAAAUGGCAACAUGUAUUAUGUAGAAUCAUAUGGAGUAUACAUACAGUAUGGAUUUUAAAUGUAAUUUGCAAAGCAAUGGAACAUGUCUAUGGCAAGCUGUACGCUAAAAUACUUUGAAGUUGCAGAUAAUCAUAGAAAUGACAGUUCAACAGCAUUCAUAGGCAAAAAAGGAUUUGUGUUCUCCCAAAGGACAGAACAAUUGAUGAUCUGACCACUAAUGAAGGAUAUGGUCUUUUAUUAGCAACCUCAUUAAUUAGUCUUUUGAAACACGUUUAAAAAUAGCAUCUCUCUGAAUGUGUGGCUGUUGUGAUUCAAGCUGAACAAAACCUCUGUUGUUUUAUCAGUGCAUCUCUUUCCUUUCAGUAGUACAGUAUUUCCCAGUUGUUGGCAGAGGCCAGAAGGAGUGGAAUUCACCAUUUCAGAUGAUAUUCAUGAAUGCUGAGGUCACCAGUCCUUAUCUGAGACACAAGCUGAGCAAACUGCAGAACUUUUGUUUGUCUUUUUCUGUUUUUACUGACAGCUGAUUAUGCUUCUGAAAAUCAACAGAAGUAUAUUUUAAAGGAUAUGUACACAGGAUGUAGAAGGUUCAAACUUUCCUUUUAAAAUGUGUAGGAAAUCUUUGUCAUGAGUUUUUUUAUGAAAAAUAUACAACAAUAGUGAUCAUAAAACCAUCUGUGAAUCAAAGGCAACAGAGAGACGACAACAGUUUGACAAUGGAUAGUUAUGUUCGUCUUGAUCUCAUUUUUGUCUGUAAAAAUAUUUAAAUCAUUUUUAAAACCUUGUUUCUUCAAGGUCAUUUUAGUAAUGAUACUGCUUUGACUAUUAUUUCAUUAAAAUAGGAUUUAAUGCCUCAUCUGUAUGAUAUUCUUAGAAUAUGAAGAAGUUAUAUUUUUCAGUAUCGUUUUUUUAAACAUUGAAAUGCUGCAAUCUGAACUAUGCAACACAAAUUGGAAUAAAUUAAGUCUUCAGUGGUCCUUUUUGCAAAUCACAAGCAGUUGAAGCCUACAGUCUCAAAAUGUGUCCAGAUUUGAUGUUCUAAAUCAGCACAGAUUGAUAUAGAGUUUAGUGGGUGAAUACUGGAGUUCAAAGAACAAAUGUAAACUGAUUUGGAAUCUGAAGUGCUGUAGAAUUCCUGAGACAAAGGGUCUGUGAAUGCAUGUUCAUAGUGGAUUUGGGAAUUAUAGAUUUAUAUAAUUGGAUGGUCUUUUGACAUCCAAGGGACUUUCCAUGUAUGAAUUAAUUCUGUUCCAGUUUGUACGUACAGUACAUACUGUAUAAGCAAUGUACUGGUAACAUUUUAACACUCACUUAAAUUAGGCCCAUUGCAAUAUAUAUUCAACUAAUAGGUUACAAUUUAAGGUUAGAUGAAUAUAAUAGCUCCAGCAGUUUUGACUUGAAUUUUUAACAGAUCAGUCUCUUUGACUAAAGGGCUCCCUCUAGCGUUACCAUAUAAGUUCUUCAACUGUCUGCCUUCAUUUUAAAUAACUACAAAAUUAAAUGUAUAUCGGUAUGAACUCAUACAAAUCGAUUACCAAUAUUAAUCAUUUGAUUUUUCCACAUCAUAUUAAACUACUUUAAUGAUGUCAAAUAAUCUGUAGCUUUAAAAAUGACAAAUCUAUGUUUUUAGAAAGUCUUCAACUUCACUAAAAACAAAAUCUUUUAGAUUCUUUACAUUUUUUCCAGUUUCUAUGAUAGAUUUUAAUGCUGUAUAGAAGAGUGUGAUAAAAUAAAAAUGCUUUUUAACUCUUAAUUAGCAGUAAAGAAAUUAAUAGGGUAAAGAUAUAUAUAUAUGCAUUAUAUGAACAGUACAUAUUUGAAACAUGUAUGCAUCAUUUAGCUAUCCAUUAACAAAUGUAGAUUGUUUUAUUAAUUAGAUAUAUAUUUAUUUUGAAAGUCAUUAGGUGUGCAUAGUAAAUAGAAAUGACAAAAAAAACAGUUUUCUACCUUUAAGCAAAUUUGCUGUCAUUUAUUGUAGAACAAAUACAUUCCUAUUAAAAUGAUGUGAUGUGAUAUUAUAAUGAUUUCAAAUGGCAUUUUCAAGAGCUCUUAAUCGUGACAGUCUGAAUAUAAUUUCCAUCAGUUUCUAAUGAUAUUGGUUUGUUCAGUGUGGACCACUGGGUGAGAAACACUGAUAACAUACUGUUUUAUGUAUUUUGUAUCAGUGACUUGCUUUUUUCCAAAUAUGCCUUAAUGUAAAAAGUAAUUUGUUGAAUCUAAAUAAAUUGAGAAACAAUGUC